AUGCCAUUUUCGACACCCUCCCAAGUUCUUCUGCGGCAUGGUCUGAGAUCUGCUUCCAAGUUUUGCACAAGAAGAUUCACUGUGGCCAAAGUGCCUUGUGCUGCAGAUGCCUUAUACAAAGCUGCAGUAUGUGUUCAGCUUGGAGCCCCUCUGCAAGUCCAGCAGAGGCCUUACCCAAGCCAACUGAAUGCCAAUGAGGUCCUAAUCUCAACUCAUGCUGUGGGAAUAAACUUUGCAGACAUUCUGAUGUGUAAAGGACAGUAUCAGGACAGACGUAGGACACCAUUUACACCAGGUACAGAAAUUUCCGGAAAAGUAGUGGAGGUGGGGACUGGAGUCUCCAGAAUCAAGACUGGGGACAGGGUUAUUGCUCUAGAUUUCGCUCAGUCUGGAGGGGCCUCAGAACUAUUUGUGGCACCAGCUAAGGCAGUUUUCCCAAUACCAGACCACCUGGGUUUUGUUGAAGCUGCAGCAACGAUAGUUUCUUACAGUACCGCCAUGUUAGCACUGUCUAGAAAAGCACAGCUCAAAAAGGGUAAUGAGAGAGUUCUCAUUACAGCUGCUGCAGGUGCUACCGGUCUUGCUGCAGUGGACAUAGCCAAAAACUUGUUUGAUUGUGAAGUAAUCGCCAUAUGUGGAGGAGCAGAUAAAUGUGCGUUUUUGAAAGAGAGAGGAGCACAACACACAAUAGACUAUACCCAAGAGAAAAUACGUGACAGGGUGAAAGAGAUCACACAAGGAGCAGGUGUUAAUGUGGUUAUGGAUCACGUGGGGGGAGACACACUGUUGGAGUGUGUAAAAAGUCUUGGGUUUGAAGGUCGGGCUUUGACGAUUGGCUAUGCAGGCGGAAGCAUCCCAAACAUCCCGGCCAAUCAGCUGCUGCUGAAAUCUUCAUCAUUGAUUGGAAUGUUCUGGGGCAGCUAUGCCACGCUAAAUCCUGCAGCAUUCGCGGGAUCCAUUAGACAAGUCUUGGAGGCCAUUGAGGCGAGGCAACUACAUCCUUAUGUAGGCAAAACAUUUGCUCUUGACCAGAUAAAUGAAGCAUUUCAGUACAUCCUUGAGAGAAAAUCUAUUGGCAAAGUUGUGAUCAAAAUAAAAGAGGAGAGUCCUUCAUCUAAGCUUUGA